AUGAGCAAGGAGAGAAUGCCCUUGCUCCACAGGCUGCGUGAUUACAAACCCCUGCACAACACCUCAGGAAGCAUCAGGGAUGAAAAGGAUAUCCAGGGCUUGACCUUGGGAAUAACCAAAGAGGUGGAGUCCUUAAGAAAUUUCAGCUUGGUUCCUGGAGCCAGAAAAACACCAGGGGAGAUGCAGCGGUUUGAUAAACUGGAUAUGUCAGCCAUGCUUAAGCUGGAGUCAUCUCUGGACAGACAAUGGCCAUCCCGGCAGGUGCUCCCAGAAGGGACUCGGGUCGCAUUCACCUGUGAGAUGAAAGCCAAAAAGAAGUACCAGUCUGACGCGGGGUUAGAAAUUGAACACCUGAAUAAGGGUGAGGAGCUCAGACCUAAAAGGGUGUGGGGUAUAGGGCAGCAGGACUCAAGCCCGUCUUCCUGGGCACUUUUUAAUACAACACGCAAUGCAGUGGCUCAAGAAGAAAUUAUAGAUUCUGCACAUCUUCCAGUUCAUACACCAACAAUAAAGAGAAAGGAAUAUCACAGUAGAAUCCUCUUUCCUCCUAAGAGUAAGACCCACCAGUUUUUCCUCACGACUUUCACGGCCCCCACCAAGUGCCAGCAGUGCACGUCUCUGAUGGUGGGUUUGAUAAGACAGGGCUGUGUUUGUGACGCAUGUGGCUUCUCCUGUCACACAGCCUGUGUAGAAAAAGCCCCAAGAGCUUGUCCAGUGCCUUCUCAGCAAAAGAAGGGUCCUCUCUGUCUAGACCCACGAAAAGGCGUGGGAACAGCCUAUGAGGGCCAUGUCUGGAUCCCAAAGGAAGCAGGACUGAAAAAGGGAUGGCAGCGAGCAUUGGCUAUAGUUUGUGACUUCAAACUCUUCCUGUACAAUACAAAUGAAGAAGAAGUCUCGGAAUCCAGUGCUGUAGUGAGUCAUGUGAUUGACAUGAGGUGA